GCUCAGCCUCCUCGCUGUGACAUCUCCGUUCUACAGGCUGAGGCGACCCCGGGAACCCCAGAAGGCGGGCAAUGGAGUCAGUGACCUUUGAGGAUGUGGCUGUGAACUUCACCCUGGAGGAGUGGGCUCUGCUAGAUCCUUCCCAGAAGAAGCUCUUCAAAGAUGUGAUGCAGGAAACCUUCUGGAACCUGACCACUAUAGGAAAAAGCUGGAAAAAUCAGGCCAUCGAUGAUCACUAUAUUUCCUGGAGAAAUCUACGGUAA